CCAUGCAGGUUUUUAUUCUCCUUUUGAUAGUCACCGCCAUUAGUGCAUCUCAUUACCGUGGUGGGACCUUUAACUAUAAAAAGCUGAACGAUACGGCUAUUAAAGUACGAUGGAGACUAGCAGCGAAACGGUCAUGGGGUGCGGAGUACGAAUGCAAGUCGUUAGGACAACACAUCGAAGGCGAAUACAACGGUAUGCUAAGAUGUAUCAACUGUGGGACAAAGCAGCUUGUUGCCGGCCCUCUAAAUUACGAAUGUAUAAGCUUCAGUGAAGACCAAAACUGGAGCAUGGUAGAAGGUGAUACGAUUUAUGUUGCAGAUCGUUCAAAUUUUACUCUCGUCUACCAAGUAGAACCGGAAAGAAAUUGUCGUAUGUCAAGUAACUGGAUUGACUUGGUCAACUAUGGCAUACGUCUCUGCUGGCGACUUGUCACCAAGGUAGAUCUCACAAAGGAUAACAACCACUCGCCUGUAGUCACCAUGUUACCAGUAUAUACUGUACGAUCUGGCUGUAAAAGCGUUAUUCCUAUCGAAGCCUCUGAUCCAGACGGGCAUGUUGUUCGUUGCCGAUGGGCGAGCAUGGCCAAGGGUGAGUGUCCUGUGCCAGUAGACGGAAACAGUGUAUGUGAGAGUGCUACAGACAACGCUAUUCUAGAUAAGGACCGUUGCGAACUUGAGAUUCCAGUGCUGGGUGAGGCGGGAUGGUAUGGAGCGUCUAUCAUGGUUGAAGACUUCAUUGAUAAAGAUUCGACAGAACCGCUCAGUUCGGUUCCAUUUCAAUUUCUUCUGAACGUAACGCAACGUAAGGGUGCACUUCACUUUAUCUUUGCAAGUAGCUACUCAAAUCAUUAGUUAGAAAAUGUAAAC